AUGGCAAGGUAUUCUCAACCGUCAUUUGAUUUUUACCAACAAUCUCCCUCAAAUUUGGAUGCAAAGCCUUCAUUUCCCGAGGAAGACGAGAUGAGUGUAUUGGAUGAUAAGAUUCUCGACUCGACGUCGCCUGAACUUCCAUCUUCCAUCGCCGACCACCGGCGCUCUUCAUAUGAUCAUGCCCCGGAUGCUUUCUCACAUCGUGAUUCAGUCUGGUCCGACUUCUCCCAGUCCGUUCACAGCAACCAAUCCCGGCAUAACUCCCAUGUCAGUCAUCAUCUUUUCGAGUCCGCUCCGAAUCCUUUCAUGAGACUGGACGGUGCUCACCACCCAGCCACCGCGUACGGCCAACAGGCAUCUUGGGCGCUUUCCAAGGAGACUGGCUCAUGUACACCCGCCGCCAUGUACGACCAUCAUUUCCCAUCGGACCUCGACAAUGGCUCGUCGGCGCCGUUCUCGGGGGGUGCUGUUGGUCCGGUGAGCACCAUCAACAUCCCGUCCAUGUCCUACCGUCCCGGAAUGGCCUUUGCGCAUCCCAGUGCUGUGGCCAUGUCCCCGCAGUCCAGCCAAGGAUGGAUGCCUGCGUCCACCGACAUGCCGGAUGCUGUUGCUCGCACCACCAAGAGCCCUACUUAUCGGAAUAGCUCUCCAUUGAGCAUCCGACGGGAUGGAAUUCGAAAAAAGAAUGCUCGUUUUGAGAUCCCAGCAGAACGGACGUUAAGCAACAUCGACCAGCUAAUCGCCCAGUCAACCAACGAGGAGGAGAUUAAGGAACUGAAGCAACAGAAGCGGUUACUGAGGAACCGUCAAGCUGCUUUGGAUUCGCGCCAACGGAAGAAGCUGCAUACUGAGAAGCUGGAGGAAGAGAAGAAGCAAUUCACCCAGAUCAUCAGCGAUCUUGAGGAGGACUUGCAAAACAUGAGGCUACGGGAGGCAGAACUUAUGCGCGAGAAGAACGAAUUGUUCGGUGCGCAGCAGGAGCUCUACCACCAUCUCAACAAUAUGGCCAUGGAAAAGGAGGAACUGAUCCGGGUGCAUACCUUGGAGACCGCCGAGCUUCGCAAGAAGAACAACAUCCUCAAGGAAACCGUGGAAAAGCUUGAGAGACAUGCCAGACCCUCCGCCUCCAAUAUGGCAACUGACUUCUCUGACUUCGAGAACCUCACCAUGGACAGCACUCCCUGGGAGGAACUUACCAUGGUCAACAGCCUCUCCCUGGAGACCGAUCCAGUUACUAGCGCUCCUGCCGAGAGGAGCACAGAGAAAUCUGCGAACAGCGACUACCCCUUCAGCUGGAACGCUUUCUAUAUGUGUCUCCUUUUUGGUGCCUUCAUCGCCUCCAACGGUACUUCUCUUUCUGCUCGCGCUAUUCCGCAGCUGUCGGAGGAAUACCGCGCGGAGUCUGCCAACGUCCUCAAGGCCGUCUUGUCUUCUUCCCCACCAGAACUUGCACAGCCUUCGAACCAGGCCGCCGUCUCUGCGUCGGCUGGCCCGCUCCCGACAACUAUUAGUGGGGCGGAGAUGGCUCAGAUGACUGCAGGCACUGCCCCUCCGUCCAACCUAGAUGAGCUCCACAACUCGCUGGCGAUGCCUACUAAGGCGCAGGAACAGGAACAGGUCUUCUCGCUCAAUGCUGAUCAGUACAACUCCUUAACCACUUAUGAUGACAACGGUGCUGAAUACAAGCCGCAACAGGCUUCCCACCUCCAACAAGCGUUGGCUGCGAUGCGGGGCAAUGUUGCUCAGAAGAUGCCGAGCAAAGCCACCUCUGAUGUCUACUCGAGAUCGCUCAUGUGGGAUCGGGUUCCUGAAAAGGUAAUCCAGGACUUCCGACGGAUGGUCCAGGAAUACGGUGUUUCGCCCGUCAAGGAAGAGCAUGCCGGCUUCAGUCAGGCCUAA